GAUUAUCGCAAUGCAAACUACACAAAUGAAUAUCCACCGUUGCAGGUUUGUGGACUACACGCCGCAUACAAUCACGACCGUUGCAUUCUCCCAUCCAUCGGCUCCAUACAGUGUUGCGGUAGGAGACUUGAGAUUGGCUGUGGGAAGAAGCAAUGGAGAUAUUGAGAUCUGGAACCCAAAGUUCAACUGGACGCAUGAAAUCACAUUGUAUGGAUCAAGAGGAAGAUCCAUAGAAGGAUUAUGCUGGGCUGUCAACGAAGAAGAUGGCUACACCUCACCUCGUUUAUUUUCCAUAGGUGGCUCAACCUACGUUACCGAAUGGGACCUUCAAACGGGAUUACCAAAAAUCAACUAUGAUUGUAAUGUUGGAGUCCUUUGGUCUAUGGCUGUGAACAAAGCAGGAAAUCGGUUGGCAGUGGGAAGUGACGAUGGAAGCGUUUGCAUAGUAGACAUUUCCGGAGGUCCAGGUUCGUUGGAGCAUGAAAUGAUUUGUCAAAGACAAGACCUGAGAGUGUUGAGCAUCAAAUGGUUUGACAAUGAAUUGAUAGUAGGUGGAUGUGCUGAUGCCAGAAUCAGGUGUUGGUCGGCAGUAAAGGAGACCAAAGGAAGAUUGAUAGGGACUAUGAGAGUCGAUAAGUCCAAAACUGAAAGUACUUUGGUGUGGUCUGUGAAUGUUUUGAGCAAGCGAAAGCAGAUUGUGAGUGGGGAUUCUACUGGUUCGGUUAAAGUGUGGGACUUAAACACCUUUACUUUAUUGCAGAGUUUCAACAACCAUGAUGCCGAUGUCUUGUGCAUUGCUAAUGACUUUAAUGAGGAGAAAAUAUUCACUGCUGGUGUUGAUAGAAAGAUUCACCAGUUCAAUUUAAUCAACCCCAACGCAUCUAACAAGUCUAAAAAUUUCAAGUGGGUACACAGCUACAACAGACUAUUGCAUUCCAAUGAUGUCAGAUCAGUAGCGGUGUUUGAAAGUAAGGGUUAUAAUUUCUUGGUGAGUGGAGGAGUAGAAAAAUCCAUUGUGAUCCAGUCCAUCAACCAAUUCCAUGAUGGGAAGUACAGAAAAUUGGCAUUAACUCAACAGCAUAAAAAUACAUUAUUCAACCAACAAGAGAAGCUAGUGGUUAUGUGGCAGGAUCAGACGGUUAAGAUAUGGAGAGUUGUUGGCACUGAAGAUGCUAGUGAUGAUGAGGUCCAAUAUAAGUUGGUUUCCAAGUUAAGUCUCGCCGACGACGCCAAUAUUACCAGUGUUUCUUUGAAUAGCGAUGGAAAUGUUCUUGUAGUGGGAACCAUGGAAAGCGUCAAGGUAUUUGAACUUGCUCCUAAUAGCGAUGGUAAAAGGUUGAAAGUCAUUAAGUUUAGAGAUGAGACCUUUGAUUCUGUUGUCAGAAACAACUUAUUGAUUUUGACUUCCAACGAAGAACUAUACAAGUUUGACAUUAAUGUAGACGAGAAGAAAAUCACGUUGGAAAAUGAGAUUGAGUUCACCGAUUCAUAUGACGUCAAGUCUGAUAUAACCUACGUUUCCAAUAUCAAGAACUUAGUGAUUAACAAGGCUGAAGAUACUUUAGCGAUCAGCAGAUUCAGCGGAGUGAUCGAGGUAGUAUCCUUGGAAACCUUUAACUUGCACAAGUUGGUGACAUUGUCAACAUUACCUCACUUGAUCGAGUUCUCCGAACAAAAUACUUUGGUGGUUUUGACGGAAGAAAACAAAAUCCUCGAGUUUUACGUCAAGCAAAAUGCAAAAAUGGACUCGUUGUUAACCCCAUGGUCCAAGAGAAAUAGUGAAUUCCUUCCUAGAAAGUUUUUGACAUUGGAGGAAAAACCAGAGAGAUUAUUCUUCGAUAAAACCGGGAAAUUGUGGAUUUACGGUAAGAACUGGCUUUGCUACUUCAACUUAUCCAUCAACAUCCCAAUAAAUAAAACCUACAAGAACACCGUUGCUUCCAAGAAAAGAACUAGAGAUGGGUUGACUAUUGACGAGGACCAAGAGGAUGAAGGUGAUGAUGAAGAAUCCAGUAUAAGUAUAAUGGAAUUGUCUUUGAGGCAAGCCCAAAUCAACAAAUUCAGAGAGCAAGACAAAGAUGCCGACGACAAUGACAAUGACACCGAAAAUGAAAAGCCGUUCUGGAUCUCCUUCAAGUACAGACCUAUAUUAUUAGUGGAUAGUUUCAAUGGUGAAAAUUUUAUCAUGGUUGAAAGAAAUCCCCACUUAACUGGGUCUUCUCCAGCAUUCAAUUUACCAAAAAUCAAGGUUUGAGACAUUUUACAAUCUUGAAUACAUUUAUAUAGAAUAUACAAACCCAUUACUCGAUCUUUGGAACCACCCUGGCACCCUGGAAGAACACACGAGCAGCAGAGGCACAUCCCAUCAAACACUUCAAUGGCUCAUCUUUGUCUCCGUCCUUAUCAUCUUUUUUGAUACCCCAGCCUUUUCUUUCUCCAAAUGUCGGUUUGUACUUUUUGUCAUACACAUCUCUGUACGUCAAAUUAGGCUCAAAACUCUGAAUGUAUAAUCCAUCAUCAGGGUCUCUCAUAAACUCAUAGAACAUCACCAAGUGUCUACGGAUCUCCUCCUCAAUUCGCUUAGGUAAGUCUCCUGGUGCCUCAUUGCCCACAAACAAAAGGUAGUCGGCCAAACCUUCCACCAACAACUGAACAAAAUAAGAAGGAUCUCUCCAGUAUCUCUUGCUCAUAUCGUAGUCACGGUCGUAAAAAAACACGUUUCUGUUGAUACCAGCCUCAGCCAACUCAUCGGCUAUUUUCUUCCAGUGCUCAUCCUUGGUAUAGUGGUACAAAUGGGCAGCUGCCGACAAAGUAGUCCCCAAGUUGUAGGUCCAUUUGGUAUCGUUGGGGCUAUCGGAGGUGUCCUGAACUCCGUCCUUAAUCAACUUGUCGCCAGGGUCUUGCAACACCUUGAUUUGCCAAUCGAUACAUUUUGCAGCAAAAUCAAUAUAAAUCUUCGACUCGUCGGGAAUGAACUUGGCAAUUUGGAGACAGCACUUGGCCACUUCGGCUGUGGUACAGGAGUUCAAAUAGGCGUUGGAAAUGUGCCAUUUCAUUCCUCCCUUGGUCUUUGCAUUGGGAUUGUCAUUCCAGCCACCCAUCAAAAACCGGGUCAAUUCCCUUCCCUGGUCCAAAUACUUGAUGUUGCCAGUCACCUCGUAAGCAGUCAACAUGGCACUACAAACCUGGGCGUCAUCAUCAUAGUAAAUGUCCUUGUCAUUCCCAUUGUUUUCAGCAGCCGAGAAACCCUUUAAAUGGGGGUUUUUGUAUUUUUGGAAUAUCAUGAUGGCCGGGUCCACCAAAGGUACCAAUUCCUUGUAGAUUCGGGAACCAUCCACCACUGCCUGAGCGGCGACCGAAACAGCCCAUAUUACAAACUUCUUAUCGUUGUAGCAACCAGAGCAUCUUUUAGGAGCAAUGAAGGUGCUUUCGUGUUUGUUGUAGUACUUUAUCCACAUGUUACGAACCACAUUGUAGCCUUCAAGAUUUGGGUUUUGGAGAGGCAUUGUCGAUUUACUUGAGUGGUAGGGAUAAACACAAGUAAGUUUUAGUU